CCACACACAACCUUCGACCCCGCUCUUGGACGUCGCUCAGCCAUACAUUGCAACAUGGUCUUUAAGGUCCUCUUGGUCGCAGCCGCCGUGCUCUGCCUCGGCCGGGCGUCCCCGCAGAGGUACCAAGCCCUGGGCGUCCUGCAGCCCCAGAACUCUCGUGACCUGGGCGACUACGAGAACAUCGUCGCCGCCACCAUCGACGUGCUGCCCGAAAUCGUCAAGGUCUUCAGCAAGAUCACUCAGGCCCGGGGCAGGCCCAGUGAACCCCAGAUCAUCAAUAGGGUCAUGACAGAGUUCUUGCCCAUCACACGCAAGGUCAUGGAGGCCACGGAGAAGGUGGAGGGCACCAAGAUCCCGGACGACACGUACCACCGCUUCAACGCCGCCGAGAGGGUCAUGCCUCACGUGGUCACCUUCAUGGAGCAGCUCAGGGCCAUGGACUUCUUUGGAAUCUCCACCACCACGAAAAGGCCCAUUUAACGUCUGUAGUGUUGCUAUCCACUCGACCUGUCCUCUAAGUUAAAAUUAGUAUAGAAUUGUACACUGUACAAGUAAAAAUAUA